UCUCACGCUGCAUCGCUCUCCAUUGACUCUUGGCCGCGGAAGGACCUAGGGUUUUGCUAUGGCGGUUUAGCAUAGGAUUUCCACGCCAUUUGUCAUAUUUUGCGUUCUUGGACAGAUCCUUGCGCCGCAAGAUAUUGCGCUCGUCAUCGCGACGCAAGCUAUCGGGGAUUCCAGCUCCAAUCGAGGCGCCGCCAUGGCAUUGGCUAGAAUCAGUCGAUUCCAGGUAGAAUGAAGCUCCAGGUCAAUGUGUUCGAGGCGAGGGGUUUGGCCGCCAAAGAUCCGAAUGGCUCCAGCGAUCCCUAUGUGAGGUUGCAGCUCGGCCGCACGAAAUCCAGCACCGGCGUCAUCCAUGCGUGCCUGAAUCCGGUGUGGAACGAGGAGUUUGAUUUCCGGGUCGAUGAUUCCGGGGCCGAGAUUUUGAUAUCGGUGUGGGACGAGGAUUGCUUCGCGGAUGAUUUCCUUGGCCAGGUCAAGCUUCCAGUGUCGAAGAUUCUCGAUGCGGACAAGCUAACGCUGGCACCGGCGUGGUAUAAGCUUCAACCACGCGGCGGCAAAUCAAAGUCGGUUGUCACAGGUGAGAUUCUUUUGGGCUUUUCUCUAUAUGGAAGGAUCAGCAAUGCGGCCGAGGCCGAUGUAGAGCCUGGCCUAAGGGAUGGAUUGCUGCAUACUCCAAGUAGCUCCGCUCCAAGUUCUCCACGCACAAAGUCUUCUCCCGAUACAGAGAGGCUUAAGGUUCGUUCUCGACUUGGUCAAAAGGUGACAUCUCUCUUCAAGAAAAGUGCUAGGAUCCAUCCCAAUUCGAAUUCGUCACCCAGUGUUUUGUCGGAUCAAUCGACGGAAGAAUGUGAAAGCGAAGAGGAGGAAGGCCAAGUCCCUCUAUCCUUCUUUGAGAAAGGUGGUUUACAGCUCUCGACAUCUGGCGACAGCGUGCCACCUCCAUUAUCGGGAGGUUUUCUAGCGAACCAGACGUAUGCGACGAAGCUCCAGACUCUCAACUCGGUGCUGUUCAAGCCCCACUCUCCGUUCUUUGAGGAGCUGAUUGCAGUGCAAAAGACAACCGAUCUGGUGGAGGGGAUGUGGAAGAAAGUUGGCAACGAAAACCCGAAACGAGUUCUUACGUACACGAAAGCUGCUACCGCAGUGGUAAAGUCGGUCAAGGCAACAGAAGAGCAGACUUAUCUACGAGCAGAUGAUCGCGCCUACGUUGUUUUAGCGGUAGUCAGUACGCCUGAUGUGCUCUACGGCAGCACUUUUAGAACUGAGGUGCAGUACUGCCUGACGCCGGUCUCCGAAGAGCGCUGCAACCUUUCCAUAUCAUGGAGGCUCAACUUUAUUCAGAGCACCAUGGCGAAAAGGCUGAUCGAAAGCGGUGCGAAACAGGGACUCACGGACAAUUUCCGGCAGUAUGUGGAGGUUCUUUCAAAGUAUGUCGAGGAGGCUGGGGAGGACGCCGACCCCGCACCAGCAGAAGAGCAGGAUGAACCCGAGAAUGACAUUAGCCUCACACAGGAGUACUUUUCCAGCUCGAUAUUCAUCGUGGUGUCCUUGCUGUUCUUUCUGGUGGUACUACUCCACAUUCAGCUUGCACAGCCAACUCCGACAGUCGGGUUGGAGUUUUGGCAACUCGACUUACCGGAUACUUUUGGCGAGCUAUUGACAUCUGCCGUGAUCACCGUCCACUUCGUUCAGCUUGGAAAAAUGGCGCUGAAAAAGCUACGAGCCGCAUCUUUAACAGCCGGCGACCAUGGAAAGAAAGCAAAAGGUGAGGGCUGGCUCUUGACAGUGACUCUUGUGGAAGGAGAGAACCUACCUAUCCGGCCAAACACAAACUGCUUGGAUCCAUACGUGGUAUUUACAUGCAGUGGGAGAACUCGAACAAGUUCUGUGAAACUUCAGACAACUAAUCCAAAGUGGGGAGAAAUCUUCGAGUUUGAUGCCACGGAGGAUCCUCCAUCAACCCUGGACGUAGAAGUUUUUAACUAUGACGGGCCUUUUCCUGAAGCGGUGUCUCUCGGUUACGCGGAAAUCAAUUUUCUCAAACUCAGCCCGGAUAAUCUGGCCGACUUAUGGAUUCGUUUGGAAGGGUCGCAUGCACAGACCUCUUACUCCCGUUUACACCUUCGGAUCUUUUUGACUAACACGAAGGAGGCUGAUACGUUUGUUGAGUAUGUGAAGAAAGUUGAGAAAGAAGCAGGAGCGAAGGUCAUCAAGAGCUCGAGAAAGAACGCUUCAUUUCAAAAGCUCUUCUCACUUCCGCAAGAGGAAUUUCUCAUUAACGACUUCGCUUGUGCUGUCAAGCGAAAGAUACCUUUGCAGGGCCGCUUAUUCCUCUCGCCCCGGAUGCUGGGAUUCUACUCAAACAUUUUUGGACAUAAAACCAAGUUUUCUCUUUUAUGGGAAGACAUAGACGAAGUCCAGGAGUUACCUCCAUCGAUAGCCAAUGUUGGUCCCUCGAUUGUGCUUUUUGCCCGGAAAGGAAGAGCUCACGACGCAAAUCAAGGCUCCAAGGGCAUGGACGGGAAAGGUCGGCUUAAAUUUCAGUUCCAAUCCUUUGUCCGCGCUGGCCCAGCGUUUAGGACAUUGAUGGUACUCUGGAAAAAUAGAGCCCUGACCCCGGAGCAGCAACUGGAAAUGGUCGAAAAUGUAGAUACCGAAAGCAAGCUUUAUGAAGAUGGCGAGUUUAUAGGCGUUGGGGACGUAACGCUGUCGGAGGUCUACUCCACUGUCUUGCCUUUGACGGCUGCUUCCAUGGUGCUUUUGUACGAGAAAGAAAAUCUGGAAGAGAAAGUCAUGGAAAAGCUGGGAUGCAUGAACUACACCGUGUCUCCCUGGGAAAACGAAGGUCCCGGCCAGAGGCGGCAAGUGAACUACAGGCUGAACCGACAGAUGUGCCAAUUCGGGAGCAUUGUGAGUGGCGUUCAGCAGAAGGUGGUGUCGAGCAAUCACUUAACUGCAUCCGUGGACGAGAUACUGACACUGCACGACGUCCCGUUUGGAGACAACUUCCAGAUUCACGUGAGGAACGAAGUACGAACUCUAUCGUCCAAGCCAGCGAUGAGCGAGUGUCGCGUGCUUCUGGGCACCUCGUGGCAAAAAGGCACUGCGAUGCAAGCACGGAUUACUUCCAACGUCCAAGAGCACUUCAGCAAGCAUCUAAUUGAGAAAGUCAAGUUAGCUGCCAAGGAGAUAUCGUCCUACAAAGAUCACCACUCUUAUAUCCUCGUUUGAUGUAUAGCUCAAGGAACUCUUGGAGAAAAGCAUCCCUCAAGAACGUAAGCAUCGCGUUUUGGAUGCUAAAAUUGCUUCAAUUGCUUUGUAGAUGAAGUCGAGAAAACUGCGAGCGUUAAUAUCCUGUAAAGUUUUUUUUGUCCCGAAGGUCAGCCAGAGGAACAUUCAUGCUCUUUGGUAGAUCUUCGUUUGAUUUUUGGGAAGAACUAACCAUUUUUAUA